ACGAGGUGAGGCAUGGGGACCAGCCUGGGCAACCAAGACCUGUCUCUACAGAAAAAAAAAAAAAACAAUAAAAAAAAAUUUUCUGGGCAUGGUGGCACAUGUCUGUAGUCCUAGCUACUAGGGAGACUGAGGUGCCAGGAUUGCUUGAGCCCAGGAGUUGGAGGUUGCGGUGAGCUAUGCUCAUGCCAUCCUAGGCAACAGAUCACAACCUUGUCUCAAAACAAAACCAAACAGAAACAAAGCUUUACCCAUAUUUAUUCAUUUAAUCUUCACACCAGUCCUAAGGGACAUCAUCUUCUUCUUCUUCUUCUUCUUUUUUUGAGACAGUCUUAAGCUGUUGCCCUAGGUACAGUGCUGUGGUGUCACGGCUCACAGCAACCUCAAACUGUUGGGCUUAAGCUAUUCUCUUGCCUCAGUCUCCCAAGCAGCUGGGACUACAGGCGCCCGCCACAACGCCAGACUAUUUUAUUUUUGUUGUUGUUGUAGUUGUCACAGUUGUUUUAGCUGGCCCCGGGGCCGAUCCCGCCACCCUCGGUGUAUGUGGCCGGCGCCAUGCUGACUGAUUAUGGGUACUGCCAACCUCAUCCUCUUUUUACAGAUAAAAAAGCUGAGGCCCAGAAACGUUAAGUUAUUUGCCCAAGGUCACAGGACCAACAAGUGGCAGAGCUAGCAUUCGAACCCAGGAGGUGUGGCUACAGCAGCUAACUAGUCCGCGGAAGGAAUUGGGCAGGGUAGGGUGAUGUGAAAGUGGUUGGAGGCAGAGACAGCCCUGAGUGGGACAGGACAGGAUUCUGGACCUAGGAAGGACUCGUGGGAGGACGGUGUCUGCUCGCGGGCUUGUUGGCGAGAAGUCUAUGUGUGCACCUGGAAGGUGUCUCCAAGUCUCGAGUGUUGAGGUGUGCGCGCGCGGCUGUGAGUCCAUGUGAGGGGAGUGUGUGGGAGGCUGUGAGUAUGCGUGGGUGUGUGCGAGUCCAGGUGUGCGCGCGUGCACGUGAGACCAGGCUGUGUGUAUGAGUGAGCCCGUGUGAGUGGCUGUGUGCGCUCCCGGACCCCGCCUCUGCAUCCUCCCUUCUGAGAGGAGUCCGGCGGGCACCGGGCUCUGGACUACAACUCCCGGCAUGACCCGGGCGGGCCCGCCCCGCCUCCGCGAUUGGCUGUGGCCCGCGAGUUCCCGCCCCCCGGGAAUGAAUGGAUGGGCGGCCUCAGCGCCCGCCCGACCGCUGGGAGGAUCGACCCGGCGGGGACCUGCUGGGGGCAGGACCCCGGGAGCAAGAUGGCCACAGUCAUCCCCGGCCCCCUGAGGUGGAGCAGGCUGGCGGGAGGCGGGGAAGGGCGCGCAGGCGGGUCAGCGCUGCCAUCCUAGGCGAGGACUUCUACCGCGAGGCCAUCGAGCACUGCCGCAGCUACAACGCGCGCCUGUGCGCCGAGCGCAGCCUGCGCCUGCCCUUCCUCGACUCGCAGACCGGUGUGGCCCAGAACAACUGCUACAUCUGGAUGGAGAAGACCCACCGCGGGCCAGGUUUGGCCCCGGGACAGAUUUACACGUACCCCGCCCGCUGUUGGAGGAAGAAACGGAGACUCAACAUUCUGGAGGACCCUAGACUCCGGCCCUGCGAGUACAAGAUCGACUGCGAGGCACCUUUGAAGAAAGAGGGUGGCCUCCCGGAAGGGCCAGUCCUCGAGGCUCUACUGUGUGCUGAGACAGGGGAGAAGAAAAUUGAGCUGAAAGAGGAGGAGACCAUUAUGGACUGUCAGAAACAGCAGUUGCUGGAGUUUCCGCAUGAUCUUGAGGUGGAAGAUUUGGAGGAUGACAUUCCCAGGAGGAAGAACAGGGCCAAAGGAAAGGCAUAUGGCAUCGGAGGUCUCCGGAAACGCCAGGACACCACUUCCCUGGAGGACCGAGACAAGCCGUAUGUCUGUGAUAUCUGUGGGAAACGGUAUAAGAACCGGCCCGGGCUCAGCUACCACUAUACCCACACCCACCUGGCAGAGGAGGAAGGGGAGGAGAACGCCGAACGCCACGCCCUGCCCUUCCACCGGAAAAACAACCAUAAACAGUUUUACAAAGAAUUGGCCUGGGUCCCUGAGGCACAAAGGAAACACACAGCCAAGAAGGCACCUGAUGGCACUGUCAUCCCUAACGGCUACUGUGACUUCUGCUUGGGUGGCUCCAAGAAGACAGGGUGUCCUGAGGACCUCAUCUCCUGUGCAGACUGUGGGCGAUCAGGACACCCCUCGUGUUUACAGUUUACGGUGAACAUGACUGCAGCUGUGCGGACCUACCGCUGGCAGUGCAUUGAGUGCAAAUCCUGCAGCCUGUGUGGCACCUCAGAGAACGACGGUGCCAGCUGGGCGGGUCUCACCCCCCAGGACCAGCUGCUGUUUUGUGAUGACUGCGAUCGGGGUUACCACAUGUACUGUCUGAGUCCCCCCAUGGCGGAGCCCCCGGAAGGGAGCUGGAGUUGUCACCUCUGUCUUCGGCACCUGAAAGAAAAGGCCUCUGCCUAUAUCACCCUCACAUAGGCCGGGCUCUGGCUCACCUGGACCUCUGGGGUGGUGCUUGCCUACCUGCCUCUCUGAGCUCCUCUACUUUCUGUGGGGGCCCCGAUGUCCCACAGAGGGAGGGGGAGGAGAGAGGCCCAAGAGUGGACCGGGCCAGCCCCUGCCCUCUGUGCAAGUGGAAUGUUUGCCCUGUGGGUUGGUGGCUCAGCAGGACCCCUCUCCCUCCCUCCCCAUCCCUUGGCAAAUGGGCACCAGGGGCUUCUGCUCCCCUCAAAGCCAUACCCCGCCUCUGGGCGGGCAUGGGGGGUGGUGGGUGCCAGCCAGGGGCAUGGAUGGAGCCUUUUUCUAAAGAAAAAGACAAAAAGUAAAAAAAAAAAAAAAAAAAAGAAAGAAAGAAAU